AUGGAACAAAAUAAGAACGAUCUCAGUGGACAAGAGAUAAAUGAAACUUCUCCCUGCGAAGUUACGUAUAAGGUUGGUGUUGCCGAAAAUAAAAAUUCAAAGUUUCGUACUACUAUGGAGGAUGUUCAUACAUACGUCAAAAAUUUUGCAUCAAGGUUAGACUGGGGAUAUUUUGCAAUAUUUGAUGGACAUGCUGGUUUCCAGGCAUCCAAAUGGUGUGGUUCAAAUCUACAUACCAUUGUUGAGAAAAAAUUAUUGGAAGAUGAAACUAAAGAUGUCAGAGAAGUACUCAAUGAAUCGUUUGUAAUUGCCGAUGAGCAUAUCAACAAUAAAUUACAAGGUAAUAGUGGUUGUACUGCGGCUGUCUGUGUCUUACGGUGGGAAUUACCAGACACCUUGGCAAAUGAUGUUGUUGAACUUAGUCAGUAUCGAAGGAAGUUAUAUACAGCGAACGUGGGCGAUUCAAGGAUAAUCCUGUACAGAGAUGGACAUAGUGUGAGAUUAACCUAUGAUCAUAAGGCGUCCGACUUAUUGGAGAUGCAAAGAGUGGAGCAAGCGGGUGGUCUCAUAAUGAAAAGUAGGGUUAAUGGUAUGUUAGCCGUAACAAGAUCACUAGGUGACAAAUUUUUUGAUAGUUUAGUGGUAGGAAAUCCGUUCACAACAAGUAUAGAAAUAACAAAGGAGGAUGCAUUUUUGAUCAUAGCUUGCGAUGGACUUUGGGAUGUGAUCGAUGAUCAGGAAGCAUGCAACCUAAUUAAAGACGUAACCGAUCCCGAUCAGGCAGCUAAGAUUCUAGUCAGAUACGCUUUAGAACAUGGAACGACAGAUAAUGUCACGGUAAUGGUUGUUCUACUUUGA